AUGCACGUAUUGUGGCAAGGUGGGACAUACGGUGGAUCGUUGCUGGACAAAGCAGAGAAACGAAGGUCAGGGGAGCCCGACGCGGCGGCAAUGGUCGUGGACGCGGGGCUAACAAUGUCCAUUUCGACGAGCAAGGACGUGUCUGGAAUGUGGGCCGUCGACAGUGGUGCAACGCACCACAUUUUCCACGACAAGACCAAGUUCGCAAGUUUGGCAGAGCGCAAUGAGGGCGAAAUUUUGGUUGCUGAUGGCAACAAGGUGGCCAUCAAGGGUGUCGGAACCAUCAUUGAGAAGGUGGUUUUGCCAAAUGGUGAAGAGCGUGAGAUCGAAAUCAAGAACGCGCUAUAUGUUCCAAGUAUGAGCAAGAACCUGCUCUCGGUGCUACAGAUUAACAGCCAUGGCAAGUUUCAAGUCGUGUUUGACGGGUCCAAGAUGUAUGUGACUCUCAAGAACUCACAGCAAGUGGUGGCGACAGCGGAUCUCGUGGAUGGACUCUACUGGCUUCGGACGACUCAACGAUCAGCAAAUGUGACAACAAGUGGAACCAGUUGUGCCGAUCUACAUGCGAGAAUGGGUCAUGCUCCAGUCGAUGUACUUCGCAAGAUGAUCGCGACCAACAUGAUCAAGGAUGUGCGAGUCCCUCUCAAGUCGGGUGGAGCAACUACAUGUCGAGGAUGUCAACAAGGGAAAAUGGUCCAAAAACCAUUUCCAAGCAACCGAGACAAGCGCAGCUACGAUACGUUUGAGCUACUUCAUCUGGACAUCUGCGGGCCCAUGGAAAAGGAUUCGCUCGGUGGCAGCAAAUAUUUGCUGCUGAUCAUCGACGAAGCCAGUGGAUGCAUGAAGGGCUUUUGUCUACGAGUGAAGUCCGAGAGUGAAGACUACAUCCGGAAAUAUAUCACCAUGGCGUUCUACCAAGACCAAGGUAUUGAGCAGCAGACCACGGUCCCGUACGCGCAUCAAACCAACGGAACAGCAGAGCGUGCCAUUAGGACUACUGUUACGAUCGGCCGCAGCAUGCUUCAUCAUGCCAAACUGGACAAGUGUUUCUGGGCCGAAGCAGCGAUGACGGCCAUCUACGUCAAGAAUCGACUGCCGUCACCUAAAGUCGUGCACAAGACCCCGUUUGAGAUCGUCUACAACUUGAAACCAAGCGUCAAGCACAUGCGAACAUUCGGGUGUCAGACAUACAUACUGACGCCUAAAGAGAAUCGACUCAAGUGGGAUCCAAAGGCUCGCGCUGGCAUAUUCGUGGUUAUCAGCCGCGAUGUCAACUUCGACGAGUCCACCUUUGGACUUCAACUGCCGAUCACUGAUGAAGAUGUCGAUGACCUGGACUUCGAAUUGCUGGAUCUUGAUGACGAAGAGCUGCGUCAAAUGGAGUACAAGCAAACAGGCAAGCGCAAGAACCGACUCAAUGAUGAAGAUACAGCAGCUCCACGACCGCGUGCAGUGCGUCAAUGA